CGGAACAAGCUCGAACUUUCAACAUCAACAAAAGAGUCGGAGUCGGUGGUGAGCAGCUGACGAGCUGAUAAGAGAAGAGCUAAAAGGAGGAGAAAAUGGUCAUAGAAAGACUCUGGAUUUGUGUCGUCCCGCUGACUUCAGGUGCUCGCGUCUGACCCGACUCCCUCUGCGUCAUUUUUUUAUUGUUUAAAAAUGAGCAUCAACAGCGAUUUGCACUUAAAUUUUUGCACCAAAAGCAACGUCGGAAGCACAGAGAGCUGCGAGACGACCCCUUUAUUACAAAAUGGAACAGUGCAAACCAGAGCCACAGGAGCCUCCUUUGCCUCUUCUGUCUUUAACCUGAUGAAUGCCAUCAUGGGCAGCGGGAUACUUGGCCUUGCUUAUGCUAUGGCUAGCACAGGAAUAGUUGGUUUUUCCGUCCUGUUAGUAUUGGUGGCCAGCCUGGCCUCAUACUCUAUACACCUCCUCCUGAGGCUUUGUGAUCUAACAGGUAUCAACUCGUAUGAAGAACUUGGUGAGAAAGCUUUAAAGAAACCAGGAAAAAUUAUGGUUGGAAUCGCUAUUGUCGCCCAAAAUAUUGGUGCCAUGUCGUCGUAUUUGUUCAUUUUGAAGUCAGAGCUUCCUGCAGCCAUCUGCAGCUUCCUGAGCACAGAAAAUACAGAAAACGCUUGGUAUGCAGAUGGCAGGCUGCUCCUGAUUCUUGUCACAGUUUGUGUCGUUCUGCCUUUAGCCAUGUUUCCCAAAAUCGGCUUCCUGGGCUACACCAGCAGCCUUUCCUUCAUCUUCAUAGUAUAUUUUGCAAUUGUGGUUGUGGUGAAGAAAUGGUCCAUUCCCUGUCCUCUGCCUCACAAUGGGACAAAACUGACGAGCACAUUCAAGAUAUCAAAUGCCUCUGACUCAGAAUGUACUCCCAAACUCUUCAUCAUGUCCGUCAGGAGUGCCUACGCCAUCCCCACCAUGGCUUUCGCCUUUCUGUGCCACACAGCCAUCCUGCCGAUCUACUGUGAACUAGAACGACCCUCCAAGUCCAGGAUGCAGAAUGUUUCAAACAUCGGCAUUGGCCUCAGCUUCCUGCUUUACUUCAUUUCAGCUCUGUUCGGUUACCUCACCUUCUACGGUCAUGUGGAAUCUGAGCUGCUGCUUGGCUACAAUGCGUACUUACCGCGAGACAUCAUGGUGAUGACGGUCCGGGUGGCCAUCCUCCUCUCUGUGCUGCUGACCGUACCGCUCAUCCACUUCCCUGCUCGUAAGGCUGUGACUCUGCUGCUGUUCGAAGGACGUGGCUUCUCCUGGCGGAUCCACAUCACCUCAACACUAAUCCUCCUGAGCGUGGUGCUGAUGCUGGCCAUCUUUGUGCCCGAUAUCAGGAACGUGUUUGGAGUAGUAGGAUCAACCAUGUCCAGCUGCCUGCUGUUUGUUUUUCCGGGCAUCUUCUACCUCAAGAUCAGCAACCAGCCCCUCAGAUCCAUCGACUCUGCUGGGGCACUGAUCCUUGUGGUCUUUGGAGUGAUUAUGGGUGCUAUCAGUCUCACUGUCAUCAUUGUCACAUGGAUUAUGAACUCCUGACCCCCUCUGGUCCAAAAAGAAAAAGCAAAAGGGAAAAAAAAGGGAAGCUUAAAACAAAGACAGUAAAUGAAAUUAAAUGUACACGGCCUUAAAUGACAAAAAAAACUUAAACUAAAAU